GUGGCCGUCUGCCGGCUGAUUUUAGAAGAAGCGUCCGAGAGAGCUUCCGCUCAACACGGAGCACGAGGUGAGCCUUUUGUCUACGUUUUAGUACGUGCACGAGCUAAACCGCUUGUGAACGUUGCAGUUGUGUUUCUCACUGACACCUAUGGGUUGUUUUUGUUCAGGCUGGAGGGGCUGCAAAGCAGAAGACCACCUUCCAGCAGAAAUUGUGGAACUCAGUCAUGUCUUUUCUCAGGACUCUGAUAAACAGCUCAGUCAUCAUUCACCCUCCAGGCUUCUACAUCGCUGGAUUUGAGUCAUUUCCGUUCAUAUCCGCGUACUUCAUCUUCCUGGCAGUUGUUUACGUGUUCACUGUGCUGUUUAACAGUCUGCUGAUCUUUACGGUUGUUGUUAAUCAUUGUCUACACACCCCGAAGUUCCUGGCUAUCGUCAACCUGGCAGUUAUUGAUUUAAUCCUUAGCACAUGUGUCAUUCCCAGCAUGAUAAAGAUCUUUCUCAUUAAGGAUAACUUCAUUCCAUAUGACAUGUGUAUGGUACAAAUGUAUAUAUAUUAUGUGUUUGCAGGAUUGGAGUCGUUAGCACUCACUAUACUUGCUUAUGACCGUUUGAUUGCCAUUUGUUUUCCUUUACGACAAAGCUCAAUCAACACGCUYCGGAGCAUGUUUUGUAUCGUCGGUGUCUCCUGGUGUUUUAAUAUGGGAGUAGAUGCAUAUUCAACGAGUACAAUGACACAACUGUCUUUUUGCAAAUCCAUCCGAGUGUUGAGUUAUUUUUGUGACUACGCCCCCGUGUUUCGACUUGCCUGCAACGACUACACGCUGCAGUGGACUAUAUCCUCUUUCCUCUCUCUGUUGCUCCUUYUAGGGCCUCUGACCUUCAUCCUCCUCUCUUACAUCAGCAUCCUGGUGACCGUGUUCAAGAUGAAGUCGUUGGACCGUCGAGUAAAAGCCUUGGCCACCUGUGUCGAGCACAUUAUCGUUGUUUCUAUAUUUUACAUCCCUCUUCUGGUUAUUUUCACUGUCGGCUUUUAUUCGGGAGCGGUUAACCCGGACCACCGGGUCCUCAGCCUGUCGCUGGCCUCUUGCAUCCCACCUUGCGUUAAUCCUAUCGUGUAUUCUCUGAAAACCAAAGAGAUCAAAGAGGCCCUCAGGGCACUGUGCCAAACCUCGAGAUUGCAGAGUUGUUUUGUUUUACACUAUGUAGAUUUCAUAAACUUUGCAAGCCGCGUGUGGGUGACCGCAGUUCUUUUCUGA